CCUCCUUCCUUCUCAUCUGACUUUUUUUUUCCUCGAAGUGGUCCUGCCCUCUCCGAGGGAGAACACUUGAUUAAACACCACUUUUACUGCGCUGUCAUGUUUCGGAAGCUCCAGACCGACAUUCAAGCACUCACUUCUUAUGGAUGUAUGGACUUUCCCCUCUAACUUAGAAAAGAAAACAGUUGACAGCCGCUUUUAAACUCCCACUGGUUUUCAUGGGAAGACGUUGUGCUUUGAAUUCGUGGUGAAACUUAUCUGUCGAGAUGCAGCUCAGGACAGUGCUUGACGUCAGUGUUGUGGAUGUGCAGAAGAGGAGGAAUCCCUCCAAACACUAUGUGUAUCUUAUCAACGUGACCUACUCAGACUCCACUUCUCAUGUCAUUUACAGAAGAUACAGCAAAUUCUUUGACCUACAGAUGAGGAUUCUUGACAAAUUUCCUAUUGAAGGUGGACAGAAGGACCCUAAAAAGAGGAUUAUUCCUUUUUUACCAGGUAAGGUCCUGUUUCGUCGAAGUCACAUCCGAGAUGUUGCAGUCAAACGACUGAAGCACUUAGACAACUAUUGCAAAGCUCUGUUGAAGCUCCCCACCCACAUUUCACAAAGUGAAGAGGUUCUGAAGUUCUUUGAGACCAAGUCAGAGGACCUCAACCCUCCCACUGAGGACAGCAGUGGCUCUGGCAGACGCAAAUCGGGUUUGGAUGCUUCGGACCCCAUGCUCCUGGAACAGUACGUGGUAGUGGCCAGUUACGAGAAGCAGGAACCUGCAGAAAUCAGCCUCCAAGCGGGUGAGGUGGUCGACGUCAUCGAGAAGAGCGAGAGUGGCUGGUGGUUUGUCAGCACCUCAGAGGAGCAAGGGUGGGUCCCCGCCACCUACCUCAACUCCCACAGCGGGACACGGGACGACUUGGAGGUUGGCGCCUCAAAAAGCGGGGAAGUCACUAAGCGACACAAGGCCCACCUGAAGAGGCUGGACCGGAGAUGGACGCUGGGGGGUGUCAUCAGCCGGCAGCAGAGCCGAGAAGAAAAAUAUGUCACAGUGCAAGCGUACACCAGCCAAGGGAAAGAUGAAAUCGCAUUUGAGAAAGGAGUGGUUGUGGAAGUGAUUCAGAAGAACCUUGAAGGUUGGUGGUUUAUAAGGUACCAAGAUAAGGAAGGCUGGGCUCCAGCUUCUUAUCUAAAGAAGAUGAAAGAAGACCUCUCCCCCAGAAAAAAUACAGCAACUGGCCCAGUGGAGAUCAUCGGGAACAUCAUGGAGAUCAGUAACCUGCUCAACAAGAAAGCCCCAAGUGAAAAGGACGUAGGUGGCGACAGCGUGCCAGAGAGCCCGCGGGUCGUCCGCAAAGAGAUCAGCUUACCGGUCCUGUGUUCUGAAACGGGUCCUGUCGGCGUGCCUCAAGAAGGGAAGGGCAAAACAGAGCAGGCCUCGCCAGCCGUGGCCCGUAUUGCACCUCACCGCAUCGAAAUCGGUUCCCCAGUUCUCAGGCAAAAACCUCCUCCUCGAAGAGAUGCAACUCUGGGAUUUCCUUUGCCCUCACCACCAGAGCCCCCUACAGUUGAAGCUGAGUAUUACACAAUUGCCGAGUUCCAGUCUUGUAUUUCUGAUGGGAUCAGUUUUAAUGGAGGCCAAAAGGCUGAGGUGAUUGAGAAAAAUUCUGGAGGUUGGUGGUAUGUCCAGAUCGGUGAGCAAGAGGGCUGGGCUCCAUGUUCCUACAUUGACAAACGCAAAAAGCCCAACCUCAAUCGUAGAACCAGCACGCUCUGCCGACCCAAAGUUCCUCCUCCUGCGCCGCCUGUCAAAAAGCAGGACUCGGUGGAGACGGCACCGCCUGAGACUCCCGAGUCCCCAGCGUCUCCCGGGAAGCCCGUGUAUGAAGAGCCGGAGUACGACGUCCCAGCUAUUGGUGACCUUGAUUUAGAGUCUGAGUUUGAGUUCCUGCGUUGCGAAGCUUCCUUGGUGGAUGCCAAAAGUGAGGACACGUCCUCUGAUAAGGGAUCCCAGCGGUCCUCCAAACCCUCCCCGGCGUCAUCUCUCCACAGCGCCUCCUUUAGGAUGUGCGAGUCAUUUGAAGACAGCCAAGAGGCGGAGGCUGAGGAGGAGUGCAUCUACGAGAACGAUGGCUUCCGGCCCUUCAAGGAGCUGCCAGAGCGACAGUUUAGCCGCGAAUCCAGUUCUUCCAAGGCCACCGUUUCUUCUGAAACUGGCAAGACCGCCAACCCCAAAUUGGGAGCAUGGAGAUCUGCGGCUAAUAAGCUCAAGAUCAACUUGAACGGAAGCCAAAUGUCAACCAAAAGCGAGGAGGGGUGUAACGAGUCAUUGUUGGUAGACAAGAAAGAUUCGGAGGAAAGCAAAGCAUCCCCCAACGCCAAAUCUUCCUCCAAACCCAAGCCGGUGGUGAGGCCUAAACCACAGCUAGCUAAGGCGUCCAGUGGGGACAAGAUGGACAUCAGCACGUUGAGAAGACAGCUACGACCCACGGGCCAGCUCAAGAACGGCAGCAAAAGCAAAGGCGAGGAUUCAGAGACGGCCUCUGUUGUCUCCUCCGAGGACUCCUUCUCGUCUCAGAGCACGUCCUCCGAGUUGUCCUCCAUUUACUCCAAAGGCAGCCGUGGGGACUCGGAUGCGGAAGGCUGCGUCCUUUACCGCACCACCGACCCGUACGAGAAAGUCCAGGAGUCAGAACUCAGCUUCCCCGCCGGCGUGGAGGUGCUGGUGCUGGAAAAGCAGGAAAGUGGCUGGUGGUACGUCCGCUGGGAAGACUCCGAGGGCUGGGCCCCGACAUACUUCUUGGAGCCCGUGCGGCAGCGGGAUGAUGCAGCCGGCUCAGAGUCUGAUGGAACGCCGUCCAAACCUGGGAACCUUAGCAAGUCCAACAGCUUGGAGAAGAACGAACAAAGGGUGCAGGCCAUGAACAACAUCAAUCAGAACCUGAAGAAGGUCACGCCCCCCAUCCCCUCCAAACCACCCGGCGGUCUCUCCAAACCCGCGAGCUUGUUUGGGUCACGCAAGCAGAAUGCUAGCAAGCGGCAGCAGGUGGUCAGACCUCAGUCAGUCUUCAUCUCAGCCCCCAUUAGGGAUAAUCCUAGCCCUGUGGGUUCCCUCAGGAGAAACGAGUCCCUGAACUCCGGCGACAACCCUCGGGUCAGCCCCACGGUGCGUCGAAAUGCCUCAUUUGGUACAGUGCCACGUGUACCCGCGCCCAACAACAUCGCCCCAUUCAGUCGGGGUCCCUCAAGCGCCGGUGGCUCGGAAUUCCCUGGUGGCGGCCCUCAGAAAAAUUCCCUCCCCAUGUCCGCCGUAAGGCCCAAGCCGCACAUUAUCCAUAACAACCUCAGAGAGAUCUACGUCUCCAUCGCCGACUACCAUGGCGAUGAGGAGACCAUGGGCUUCCCUGAGGGAACCAGUCUGGAGGUUCUGGAAAGGAACCCCAACGGCUGGUGGUACUGCAAGGUGCUGGACAACGGCAAACCUAGAAAAGGUUGGGUUCCUUCCAAUUACCUCGAGAGGAAGCCUUAGCGGUUUCUCAGCUGGGGCAUCUCUGAACGCCCAAGAAGAGCAAAGCCAAUGAACAUUUGAAAAGUGGAACUUGUUGCUUUCAGUGGUGGCCACGUUGUAGAAACUCCAGUAAUCCCUAGCUAUUCGUGGGGGAUCAGGACUGGGCCCUGUUGCGAAUAGUGAAACAUGCUUGUAAUACACAUUACAGACCAAAAUGUAAAAUAAUGAAAAUCCUUGAUAUUUAGAUGGUGUAUCUUUUUGUUUUAUUUUAUUCAGAUUUUUAUGCCUUCCACACACUUCAAAAACAUUUUUAAAACUCCUGUGCUCUUAUUUAAUUUGGUUUUACUGCUCUAUGUAGCUUCCGCUACCAAUUCAAAUUUUAGCUCCGCCCUGCCAAAAAUAGAUGCGUCUAGAUUUGGUCUUUGUGCUACUUUCCUAUUUGACAGGUUUAUCUUGUCGAAUCACUUGCGAAAAAUCACAGAAAAGGCAAUCACAGUCAUUUCUUUUAGAUAAGUUUCCUGAAAGAGAUCAAUGCCCGUUUCCAUGACUUGGAUCAUCGGUACGUUAAGGCAGGGGUUCCCAACCUAUUCCACUAAGGCACACUGUGGGUGCAGGAUUUCAUUCUUACCAAACAAGAUGACAACACUUUUUCCCCAAUCUGGUGUUUUACAAGUGCAAUCAGUUGAUUGCAGUCAGGUGUGGCUUGUUUUAGCAGAAGCCUCAUUGGUUCAACUGUCUCUGCUGGAUCGGCUGGAACAAAAACCAGGACCCACAGUGUGCCUUGAGGACUGGGUUGAAAACCCCUGCGUUAAGGCACCACCCACCAUGCCUUAACUGUAUUAGCAUGGGGUGGUUGAUGUUUCUAGUGAUAUAUAUGCCCACUUACUGUAAACACUAGAAUAUAGCUCGGUGCAUCAUCAUCAUUUUUAGCCCCUCUCCUCACCCACCUGGGCACCCGUUACACCGGUAAACAGGACCCACAAGAGCCCCAGGCCCACGUGCGGCCACACCACCAGAACCCCUCAAAGCUCUUCCCCUCGCUCUCAAUACUCAAAGGCUUAAUAAACUAGUGUGUAAUAUACAUGAGAAAUGAAGAUAGCUAGGGAUAGAUUCUAGAGCAGAGGUGUUAAACCGGUCCUCAAAAGGCCGCAGUGGGUAGCUGGAUUUCAUUCCAACCAAACAAGAUGAAUACCUUUUCACCAAUCUGGUGUUUUACAAGCUUAAUCAGUUGAUUGCAGUCAGGUGCUGCUUAUUUUAGCAGAAACCUCAUUGGUUGAACUGUCUGUGCUGGAUCUGUUGGAACAAAGACCAGGACCCACUGAGGCCCUUUGUGGAAUCAGUUUGACACCACUGUUCUAGAGGAAAACAACAGAAAUGCAAAUAGAAAAUACAAUUUAUAUUGUAGUGGACCAAGCAUACACGAGGGCACUGGUGUUUUAACUUAGGUGAAGAUUAAUUUUAAUAAAAGUCACAAAAGAAACAGUUUAACAAAAUAUCUUGGGCCCAACAUAAAAGAGGCUAACAUAACAAAAGGCUUCAACCAAACUGACUUCCAGACACAUCUCCGUGGCCGUUUAAAGAAGGGCGGACUCUACUAACGACCACCUAAAGGAGGUAUGACAAAUUAACCAAACAUUGUCAACUUUAUAAAACAACAGAUGGAAAAAUUUAAUGAACUUCAAACAACAAUCAACUAAUGUGCAUUUAAACAAACAGUGAAAACUUUACGCCAAACAGUCAUAAUCAAAUCAACUUAAAUAUGCCCCCUCCAGAAUGGUAGGUGCCAGAUCUUACACAGCUGUGGUCGGUACCUCAAAUUAGAAAAUAAAUUCCAGUAAACAUUCGGACAAAUAUUAACUAAAGUGUGCACCCAUUAGAAAAUACUGGUCCUUCUCAAAAAAUUAGCAUGUUGUGAUAAAGUUAAUAAUUUUCUUUAAUGUACUGAUAAACAUUAUACUUUCACAUAUUUUAGAUUCAUUACACACAACUGAAGUAGUUCAAGCCUUUUAUUGUUUUAAUACUGAUAAUUUUGAAAAAAGACAUGAAAAACCCCAAAUCUUCUUAUCUAAAAAAAUUAGCAUAUCAUGAAAAAGUACUCCAAAGAAGCUACUAACCUAAUCAUCUGAAUCAACGAAUUAACUCAAAACCCGUGCGAAAGAUUCCUGAGGCUUUUAAAAACUCCCAGCCUGGUUCAUUACUCAAAACCGCAAUCAUGGGCAAGACUGCCGACCUGAUUGCUGUCCAGAAGGCCAUCAUUGACACCCUAAAGCCAGAAGGCCAUCAUUGACACCCUCAAGCAAGAGGCUAAGGGGCGGUUUACAUGGCGAAUCUGCGACACAAAGACGCAAUGACUGAGGGGCAGUUUACAUGGCGACUCUGCGACACAAAGACGCAAUGACUGAGUUGCGGACUCGCCUCGCGUGCAUAUGGUGUCAGCGAAGACGAAAAAUUCUGAAUCCUACCUCCAAAGUGGAAGAAUCCGAUUGCGGGGGGUUGAGGGGGGCUUCCUCGGCAUGCAUAUCAAAGGCUCCUGCGGCGCGAGACCGCGUCGUUAACGUCAGCACUCGUACACGUCACAUUGGGCGUGCGCAGCGGUGCUACUAAACAUUAAAAACAGCACAUAUGGCGGAAUGUCGGCUUUAAUUUACUGUUUUAAUAAUAUUUUUAAAUUAAAUAUGUUGAUUUUUUUUUGUGCCUUUUUGAACAAAAGAAAAAUGCCAUUGCUUCGAGUGGGCGGGCAUAUUUUUUUCCGGGCUGAGGGAGCUUGGUGGGGUCAAAGUCCAUCAUUCUCUGUCGCCCUUUAAAUCUGCACUGCCCCCUAGGACUUGGAAUGAAUACUACAUCGUUUUCAUGCAGAAUUGCGACAUUGUUCGAAUGGAGAUGCAAAUGCAAAUUUGACGUUUUUGGUAUUCUCGGAGAGUCACCAUGUAAACGGCCCCUAAAACAAAGAAAUAAAUUUCUGUGCAAACAGGCUGUUCCCAGAGUGCUGUAUCAAGGCACCUCAGUGGGAGUCUGUGGGAAGGAAAAAGUGUGGCAGGAAACGCUGCACAACCAGAAGCGGUGACAGCACCCUGAGAAAGAUUGUGGAGAAGGGCCGAUUCCAGACCUUGGGGGACCUGCAGAAACAGUAGACUGAGUCUGGAGUAGAAAACCCAGAGCCACCGUGCACAGGCGUGUGCUGGAAAUGGGCUACAGGUGUCGCAUUCCCCAGGUCAAGCCAUUUUUAACCUGAAACAGCGACAGAAGCGCCUGACCUGGGCUACAGAGAAGCAGCACUAGACUGUUGCUUGUGGUCCAAAGUACUUUUUUGAGAUGAAAGCAAAUUUUGCAUGUCAUUCGGAAGUCAAGGUGCCAGAGUUUGGGGGAAGACUGGGGAGAAGGAAAUGCCAAAAUGACUGAAGUCCAGUGUCAAGUACCCACAGUCAGUGAUGGUCUGGGGUGCCAUGUCAGCUGGUGGUGUUGGUCUACUGUGUUUUAUCAAGAGCAGGGUCAAUGCAGCUAGCUAUCAGGAGAUUUUGGAGCACUUCAUGUUUCCAUCUGCUGAAAAGCUUUAUGGACAUGAUUUCAUUUUUCAGCACGACCUGGCACCUGCUUAUAGUGCCAAAAGCACUGGUAAAUGGUUUACUGACCAUGGCAUUACUGUGCUCAAUUGGCCUGCCAACUCUCCUGACCUGAACCCCAUAGAGAAUCUGUGGGAUAUUGUUAAGAGGAAGGCCUCCAUAGCACCUCAGCAGUGCCACAGACUGAUUGCCUCCAUGCCAUGCUGCAUUGAAGCAGUCAUUUCUGCAAAAAGAUUAAGAUCAAGUAUUGAUUGCAUAGCUAAUAUAAUGAAUUGAAGGUUGACUUUUUUGUUUGGUCGAUUGAAAUAUGCUAUUUUUUCGAGAUAGGAAUUUUUGUUUUUUCCUGACUUUUUUGCCAUAAUCAUCAAUAUUAAAACAAUAAAAGGCUUGAAAUACUCCAGUUGUGUGUAAUGAGUCUAAAAUUUAUGAAAGUCUAAUGUUUAUCAGUACUUUACAGAAAAUAAUGAACUUUAUCACAAUAUGCUAAUUUUUUUAGAAGGAGUUGUAUAUGUUCAUAAAAUAUCACAUAAACAAUUAACUAAAUCUUGAAACACUAAUUUGUGGUGGUAGUGGUUGCCACCACAUGUAUGGUGUGACUAGACGGGGGAUUACUGUAAACAUAUUUGUAGAAUUUUCUGUGCAUGUAAAGCUUCUGCAUGUUUGAUUUCAUUAUACUGACAAAGCCUUGAGCUGUUCAAAUGUAACAUUGUUUUUUUCUUUUUGCUGCUAAGUGUUAGUCAAAUCAUGGUGCUGUCUUAUUUGCAUGUUUUUUACAGCUUUAUUUUUUUCGUACUGUACAUCACCAUUAUGUAAGAUAUUCCUAUCAUUUAUGUAAUUGUCCUUUUGUGAGCAUUUCAAGUUAUAAUGACGGCAUUUUGUAAAAAAUGAAUCCCUUGAUGGUUAACCAAGAAAACUGGCCAUCCAACCCAAAUCUGUAUUUAUUCAUUGAUUUAAAAUUAUUCUAAUGGACUCAAUCGUUCACAAUUACUAUAUGCAUCUGCUCUAACUCCAUUCUAAUGGUUUUAAAAAAAAAAGGUUUCUGCUGGGCAGUAAAUUUGACCUUUUUUUUUUUUUUUUUUUUUUUUUUUUACAUGUAGUCUUUAGAUGAUGCUCGCUUUCAUUUUUUUCCCCUCUUGACUGUGUGACAAGCAGCAAUAGCUG